AUGCAAGAACGUCUUUGUACUAAACCUAAAUCUUUCUGGGAAUUUGUUCGUAGUAAACGUGGUGUCAGCUCAAUACCAGAAGAGAUUCAUCUUGGAGAAACCAAGGCCACUGAUGAUCAAGUUGCUUCUUUAUUUGCUUCACGCUUCUCCUCUGUAUAUAAAGACGGUAAAUACCUCAUCAGAUAAGUGUACAAACCAAGAAUUUUUUUCCUUCCAUAAAUUUUAUCGAUAGAAGAUUAUCUACUGAGAGGUCAAUGAAGCAUUUUAAAAUCCUUAUUAAACACCCGUGGUUCUCGCCCGGAUGACAUUUCUGUCCUACUGUACUAUUGCCGUGCAAUUCUCAGUCUACCAGUAACACUAAUUUUUAAUACGUCUCUUGUUGAGGGUGUCUUCCCAUCUACUUAGAAAUUUAGUCGUGUUAAACUAAUCUUAAAGUCCGGUAAUCCGACUGAUGUUAACAACUAUAGACCAAUUUUUGGCCUACCUUUCCUUAGUAAGUUGUUUGAGUCUAUUGUACUCAAACAAACUCCGUGUAAUUUUUCAUCCAUCAAAUCGAUUGACCAGCAUGGGUUUGUUCCCGAUUGUUCGACUGUGACAAGUCAUGUUGAUUUGAUCUCUUUUUUACAUAAAGCGUUUGAACUAAGUAAUCAAGUUGAUGUGAUAUAUAACGAUUUUUCUGAAGUGUUCGACUCUAUUGAUCAUAGAGCUCUUCAUUAUGUUCUUGACAGGUUAGGUGUUGGCGAACCACUCUUAUCAUGA